GUUUAAAUUGUUAAUUAAUUUAAUUUAUUAAUAGAAAGUAUAACAAAUUUAUGGCAAAAGAAAAAAACUGAAUUAAUUGAUUUAUUUCAUUUGUGUCAAAGUGAUAACUAGACAACUUAAAGAGAUAUGGGUUAAAUAUUGUAUAAAAAUAAAAUAAAUAAAUACCAGUGUAAAAAUUUUGAAAAAAUCUAAUCUAAACGUUAACAUAAGGAUCUAAAUUCUUCACCAAGUUUAUAAUUAAAAUAGUUUUAUAAUACGUUCUGUUGUUAAACGUUAACACAAACAAACUGCAAAAUUUCAGCUGUUUAGGUUGCAACCAUUUUAACCCAUGACAAUGCCGGAUAGAUUUAAAGUAACUAAGACUGAAGAAAAUGAAGCAGCACCCGAUUAUCUACUUGAGGAAUCAUGCACGGGAAAAUUAUUAAAUGAUUUAAGUGAUAAUGAAUAAAAGUUUGUUUGUGUAUUGAAUGGCUUUUUAAAUGAAAAAUAAAAGUAAAAGCUAAAAAUAAAGAUAAAGCUGAAGCUAAAAAACGUGUUGUUUGAAGAAGAGCAAAUAAAGCAAAAGAAAUAGAAAAAAAAUACAAAAACAAAAGAUUGUGAACAAAUUUGCAAAAACAACAACUAAAUAUAAAAAUAGUAAAAAAAAGAAAAAGAAAAACAUUAACAACAAUAAAAAAUUAAAGAACAUUUUAAGUGAAGGAAUUUUUGUUGUAAAUUAUAUUAUUGUCGGCGAGUGAGUGCAACACGUCUGGCCAGCAAAAUGACAGACAACAAUUUAGGGGAUGAUGCUUCCGAAAUGGAAAAUAAAGUUAAUGAAACUAAUAUAGAAUCUAAUCAAAGUGAAAAAUGUGAUGGUCAAACCGUAGAUGAAAACAACGAAAAAUCAAAUAUUGAACCAGGUUUAUAUUUAUACGAUGAGGAAGUAGAAACAAGACCGCAUAUAUCGCAAUUUAUAUCAUCACUUGCAAAUUAUGAAAACACUAUACCUGCAGCAACUGAUCCAGAUGCUAAAGCACCCGCGCCCUCGGCGCGUAUGGGUACACUGAUUGGUGUAUUCUUGCCAUGUAUUCAGAAUAUUUUCGGUGUGAUUCUCUUCAUUCGUUUAACAUGGGUUGUUGGUACUGCUGGUGCUAUUUGUGGUUUUCUUAUUGUUCUAACAUGUUGUUGUGUGACUAUGCUAACGGCGAUUUCCAUGUCAGCUAUUGCUACAAACGGCGUGGUGCCGGCGGGUGGAAGUUAUUUCAUGAUAUCAAGAUCACUUGGGCCUGAGUUUGGUGGAGCGGUAGGUAUGCUGUUUUAUACGGGUACAACUUUAGCUGCGGCCAUGUACAUUGUGGGUGCGGUUGAAAUUGUUUUGACGUAUAUGGCGCCUUGGGCUUCAAUAUUUGGCGAUUUUACAAAGGAUGCAGAAGCUAUGUACAAUAAUUUCAGAGUAUACGGUACUAUACUGCUGGUGUUCAUGGGUUUAAUUGUCUUCCUGGGUGUAAAAUUCGUUAAUAAAUUUGCUGCCGUGGCCUUGGCCUGUGUCAUAUUCUCCAUUAUAGCUGUCUAUGUCGGUAUUUUCGACAACAUCAAUGGCAAUGAAAAACUUUACAUGUGCGUUCUCGGUAAACGUUUGUUAAAGGAUAUACCCAUCGAAAAUUGUACAAAAGAUGAUACAUUCCUUAAUGAUUUAUAUUGUCCCGAUGGCAAAUGUGAUGAAUAUUAUAUGGCCCAUAAUGUUACCAAAGUUAAAGGUAUUAAAGGUUUGGCCAGCGGUGUAUUCUAUGAGAAUUUGAUGCCCUCCUUUUUAGAGUUGGGACAAUUUAUUUCAUAUGGCAAGAAUCCUGAAGAUAUUGACAAUACAGCUCCCUCAACAUACAAUCAAGUCAUGGCUGAUAUUACCACAUCAUUCACUCUACUUAUUGGCAUCUUUUUCCCCUCGGUCACAGGUAUUAUGGCCGGUUCAAAUAGAUCAGGCGAUUUGGCUGAUGCCCAAAAGAGUAUACCAAUUGGCACAAUUUGCGCCAUUUUAACCACAAGUACAGUGUAUCUAUCAUGUGUGCUGUUAUUUGCUGGAACCGUUGACAAUCUAUUGCUAAGAGACAAAUUCGGUCAAUCAAUCGGUGGCAAACUAGUCGUAGCCAAUAUGGCCUGGCCAAAUCAAUGGGUCAUUUUAAUUGGUUCAUUCUUAUCAACACUCGGUGCUGGUCUACAAAGUUUAACCGGUGCCCCACGUCUCCUACAAGCCAUAGCCAGAGAUGAGAUUAUACCAUUCUUGGCACCAUUUGCCAAAUCAUCUAAACGCGGCGAACCCACUCGUGCUUUACUCUUGACCAUACUAAUUUGCCAGUGUGGUAUUUUAUUGGGUAAUGUUGAUUUGUUGGCUCCUUUAUUGUCCAUGUUUUUCCUUAUGUGUUAUGGUUUUGUUAAUUUGGCCUGUGCCGUGCAAACUCUAUUGAGAACCCCCAAUUGGAGACCACGUUUCAAGUUCUAUCAUUGGUCUUUAUCACUAAUUGGCCUUACUUUAUGUAUAUCCGUUAUGUUUAUGACAUCUUGGUACUUUGCCUUAAUUGCCAUGGGUAUGGCGGUUGUGAUUUAUAAAUAUAUUGAAUAUCGCGGAGCCGAAAAAGAAUGGGGUGAUGGUAUUAGAGGUAUGGCUCUUACCGCUGCCAGAUAUUCGUUGUUACGUUUGGAGGAAGGUCCACCACAUACCAAAAAUUGGCGUCCCCAGAUUUUGGUGCUCUCCAAAUUGAAUGACAAUUGUAUGCCAAAAUAUCGUAAAAUAUUUGCAUUUGCUACCCAGCUCAAGGCCGGUAAGGGUUUGACCAUCUGUGUGUCCGUCAUACAGGGAGAUCAUACCAAAAUUGGCCAUCGUGCCGUUGAGGCUAAACAGGCAUUGCGCAAGUACAUGGACGAUGAGAAGGUAAAAGGUUUUUGUGAUGUUAUGGUGGCUAAAGAAAUUGGUGAAGGUUUAAGUUCAGUUAUUCAGACAAUUGGUUUGGGGGGCAUGAAACCGAAUACCGUGAUUGUGGGAUGGCCUUACAGUUGGCGCCAGGAGGGUAAACAAAGCUGGAAAAUCUUUAUACAAACAGUGCGCACAGUUGCUGCUUGCCAUAUGGCAUUGUUGGUGCCCAAGGGUAUUAACUUUUUCCCUGAAUCCAAUCACAAGCCUGAUUUUAAGAUUGGCGGUAACAUUGACAUCUGGUGGAUUGUACACGAUGGCGGUCUUUUAAUGCUGUUGCCAUUCUUGUUGAAACAACAUCGUACAUGGAGAAAUUGCAAAUUGAGAAUCUUUACGGUUGCCCAAAUGGAGGACAAUUCCAUACAAAUGAAAAAAGAUCUCAAGACAUUCUUAUAUCAUUUGCGUAUAGAGGCCGAAGUUGAAGUCGUUGAAAUGAUGAACAGUGACAUCUCCGCUUAUACCUAUGAGAGGACCCUAAUGAUGGAGCAAAGAAAUCAAAUGUUGCGUGAAUUAAGAUUGAAUCGUAUUGAAAAAACCAAAGUCAAUUUAGUGGACAAGAAAUCAACAACUGGGGAGGACAAAAUGCCUUUGGUACAAACAAUAAUUGAUCAUCAUCAUGAAAGUAUGAAAACAUCAUCCAAAGUCCGAUUUGCAGAUCCCACAGUAGAAGAAAAACACGAAAAUGAGUCCAAAGAUGAUGAAAAUAACAUCAGUAAAGCCUACGAGGCCAAUGAUGACAAUAGAGAAAAGAACAAAGAUGAUGACGAUGAAGAUGGCGAUGGCAGUAAUGAUGAAUACGUAGAAAAGAAACCAAAUGAAAUGAAUGUGCGUCGUAUGCACACGGCUGUUAAACUUAAUGAAGUUAUUGUAAAUAAAUCACAAGAUGCCCAAUUGGUUAUAAUGAAUUUACCUGGUCCACCCAAGGAUAUUAAUCCAGCACGUGAAAGCAAUUACAUGGAAUUUUUGGAAGUUCUUACAGAAGGACUGGAAAAGGUGCUUAUGGUUCGAGGCGGUGGGCGUGAAGUGAUAACUAUUUACUCUUAAGCAGUAAAAUAUAACAACAAACAAAUAAAAAAAAUUAAAUAAACAAAACCAAAAAAAAA